AGUACGCAUGCGCACGGUUGACAGCUAACUAGCGCAGCGCAUUUCACGACAGCCAGCUGAUGCCAGCCAGCUUUCCACAGUGGUCACCGUUCUGGUUUGGUUUUCGGCAACACAUUAACCAUUAGCUAUACUCAAAUGUACAUCCUGCGGGAGCGACAUAAUUAAGAUUAAUUCAUACAAGUAUGGCGGUUGUACUUAAAAGGCUUGACAGCUCUUCGUCUCUGUAGUUAGCUAGCUAGCUAGCUAGGUAAAGUUGAUAGCACCGAAUAGCAUCAACGCUAGCUAGCUAAGUUACAGCGGAUUCUUACAGUCUGGCAUCAAAAAACCGCAUCGUCAGCCAUGGGAAUACUAUUUACAAAACUAUGGAGGCUUUUUAACCAUCAAGAGCACAAAGUUAUUAUUGUGGGCCUGGACAAUGCCGGCAAGACCACAAUUCUUUACCAGUUUUCAAUGAAUGAGGUGGUGCACACCUCUCCUACGAUUGGGAGCAAUGUGGAGGAGAUUGUGGUCAACAACACCCAUUUCCUCAUGUGGGACAUAGGGGGCCAGGAGUCCCUUAGGUCAUCAUGGAAUACAUACUACACAAACACAGAGUUUGUCAUUGUGGUGGUCGACAGCACAGACAGAGAAAGGAUCUCAGUGACCAAAGAGGAACUCUACAGAAUGCUAGCACAUGAAGAUUUAAGAAAGGCAGGGCUGUUGGUCUUUGCCAACAAGCAGGAUGUGAAAGGUUGCUUGUCUGUGGCUGAGAUCUCCCAGAGCCUUCAGCUUACCUCUGUCAAAGACCACCAGUGGCACAUCCAGGCCUGCUGCGCCCUCACUGGGGAGGGGUUGUGCCAGGGUCUUGAGUGGAUGAUGUCACGGCUGCGCGUGAGAUGAUGACCUUUGACAUGGAUCAAGAGUGCGCCCUUGCUCUUUGUUUUCUCUGCCUCCAGACAUUGACUUGAAAUGAGGAUGGGGGUGAGGUCGGUUGAUGGAUGGAGCUCUCGUCUUCCCAGUGAUGCUGACGUGGGCAGACCGCUGCCAAGACGUUGUAUUCUUCUGUGAUAAUUUAUUUUACAAAAGACAUCUGAACUCAGAACAACAAACAUGACCUUUCCAGAAGGACAUUGAAAAACAAAAGAGACUCCAAUUAUUUAAACUGAAAUGUGUGCACGGUUUUCUUUUCAGCAAAACACAGAAGUCAGCAGGGUGUCUGACAUGGAACUGUACAUGGACUUAUUCUUCUGCUGUGUGUGACUCUAGCCCACGGUGGCCUUGCAGUAUUGCCAGACUGGCUGUGGCAGUUUUUAUUGCCCCCUUCUCUGUGUGUACAGUCCAGUAUUCUCUUUUAACCUGGUGCCUGCAGCAGAAUGUUCAAAUGAUGAUGGUUGAUGGUGACUGAAAAGUGCAGAAAGGAGGGUAAAGUCACAAAACACCCUCUUCUUUUCAGUCCCUAUGAGUAAUCAGUGAAAUAAAGUGUUUUUAUCUGUUUCAGGUGAA